AUGGCCUCCACACCUGGAAGCAUUUAUUCAGUCUCUCCGAAAGUCCGGCUACCGACCGAGCACUCGACCAUGGAGGAGGACAAGGCCAGUCGCGUGAAAGAUUACGGAAACAACGAAGCCAUUGUUUCGGCAUCUUAUUUCCAAAAGAUCGUUGCGGAGCUCUUGGGCACGUACGUUCUGAUAUUUGCUGGAUGUGGUGCUGCUCUAGUAGACGAAGUGCAGAGGCUCACCAUUGUGGGCGUAGCCAUCGUAUGGGGAUUAGUUCUGAUGGCGAUGAUAUAUGCAGUUGGACACAUCUCCGGCGCGCAUUUUAACCCUGCGGUCACAUGUGCGCUAGCUGUUUCCACUAAGUUUCCCUGGAAACAUGUACCAGUGUACGUGUUGUCCCAGAUAAUCGGUGCAACGCUCGCGAGCCUCACACUGAAAGUAUUGUUCCAUGACCUGAACGACAUCCAAGUAACCACGACUCAGUACAAGGACACAACUUCCCAUCUAGAGGCAAUUGUAUGGGAAUUCAUAAUCACUUUCACUCUGAUGUUCACGAUCUGCGGCGUAGCUACUGAUCACAGAGUGAACAAAGAAAUCGGUGGAGUUGCUAUUGGUGCUACGUUGCUGUUCAAUGUUAUGAUCGCAGGGCCGAUCACGGGGGCUUCAAUGAAUCCGGCAAGGAGUAUAGGCCCAGCGGUUGCCUCUGGCGUUUACAAGAAUCUCUGGGUCUUCAUUGUGGCACCCAUUUUCGGAGCGUGCGCGGCAGCAAUGGUAUACAGUGUCCUUAGAGUACCCAAAGCAGAAAACUCUGAGGAAAUCACCAAGAAUGCUUAUAAUGAUGCUCAUGAUCCUUAGACAAAUUGGCCUCUGAGAUUCAUCUAGGCUACUCGGUGC